UCUACAAUUGUUCUCCAAUAAGAAAUAGAAAAAAAAGAGAAGAGCUUGUACUUUUAUAAGUGACUGAGCUCUGCAAAAGGAAAUUUAUUCUGCUACUAGUUACAGAAGAAGAAGAGAAAGGAGAUUGUAGAACAGUUCAAGUUACAGCAGCAGUACCGCCCCCACACUAGGGAUAUGUUACUGCAACUAGUGACACUUCUACUGUGCACAUUUGGUCUUGCUUCUUCACAGGAAGCUUACUAUGGCUACCAUGGCUACUCUUUCUUCUCCUCGGGCAGCCAAGUUCUAUCAAGAGGCAAUGAGUCUCUCUCCAUUAGCUUCAGGUCCUGUCAAUCUGAUGGUCUCCUCUUGUAUGCAACAGAGUCCUCUCCUGGUACUGGGUACUUCUCAAUCGGGAUCUACCAGUCAAGGAUAUUGAUUGAAUUCAACUUUGGGAAUGACUUGAGAGAAAUAAUUCAAACUGGUUCCUCGCUCAUCUCCAACAGCUGGUACAGGCUGGAUCUCCUCAGACUCAAUGAAGGCAGCUCUGGUUUCUCGUUACUACUCAAUAAUGAGUCACUGUCUGUCCAGUCGGACAACUUUGAGGGGAUCAACUUUGAAUUUCUAGAUGGACCUUUAUACAUAGGAGGGCAUCCUAACCCAGUGGCAAUAAGUGUACUAAGAUUAAGGUCUACAUUAGAUGCUUGUAUAAGCGAAGUGUCUACUCCUGCUGGAUCUAUUGAUCUAAUAUCAGCUGCUUCUCCUAACGUUGUUAGCAGCUGUCCAGCUGGACAGUGUCAGAUAUCAACUAGCCUGACCUUCUCUUCUCUUCAUUCUUCUGUCUCUUUUCCUUUGACUGGGAGGUCAACGUCUUUCCUAAAAUUACAGUUUUACUUUCAAACAAGAUAA